AUGACUGACCUCCGUACGCCUACGCCGGGCCGCUAUGCGUGCAGAGUACGGACGGUACCUGUUACGCCUGCACCGACGCAACCUGCACACUGGGGCGCGUGGUUGCAGGGCACGAUGCCUGUGACGCCUACUGUGCAGCCACCAUCACCACCGGCGCUCCAGGGCACGAACACUGGCCGAGUACAGCACCGGUUACACCCAAGGGAUGUGCUCCGUACGCCUGCACCACUUGCACUCUGGGCCAUUAUACUCGCUGUACUUACUUACGUGCAGAGUACGGACGGCACUCGUUACGCCUGCACCUGCGCCGCCCGCUCGCAUGCUGGCAGGGCACAGUACCUGAAGCACCAAAGUACUCGAGCAGCCUGCACCGCCACGGAUACUUGCGGAAUACCUGCUGCGCCCGCCGAGUAUUGCCCUGCACCCGCGCGAACGUGCGCAUUUGCGCACGUGUGCUUGCUGAAUGCGCCUUCGUCCACAACAGCCACAUGUACUGCCCAAGUAAACACGCACGACGACGCACGAGAGAAGCGGGUGGAAGAGAAGCGGGUGGAAGACGAUGGAAGCCGACCAACCGUCUCGUCGUCCAUGUUUUCCGUCCAAAGACGCAUCACUCAGAACAUCAUCCAGCACAUCAUCCAGCACAUCAUCCAGCACAACAUCCAGCACAUCAUCCAGCACAUCAUCCAGCACAUCAUCCAGCACAUCAUCCAGCACAUCAUCCAGAACAUCAUCCAGAACAUCCAUCAUCCAGCACACCAUCCAGCACAUCAUCCAGCACACCAUCCAGCACAUCACCCAAACCAAUCGGCACACCACCCGGCACACCACCUGGCGCCGUCCACGUUCUCUGGCACGAGUUGGAAAGAAUUACGUGCAAAAAUUGAACAAGAGGCGGCGGCGUCGGGCCGAGCUGCUCUGCAGACUCGACGUCGCACCGUGGCGGGCAACGAGGACGAGCGACGCAACCACGGCAACGUCGAGAGCACCCGGUCGUCCCACGACGGCCCGGGGACGGCCUGGCGCUCGUCGAGGACCCCUACCUGCGCCUCCACCGACUGUCGCCCACCCUCCAUGCAGGCCUGCGACGGGCUCGAGGCCGCACGCACGCCCGACGACACCAUUGCCGUCUCCUGGGCAAGCCUGCUGGCCUGGCCGGCUGCGCCAAGGUCUUGGCCGUCGGCACCGCCAUUGAGUCGCCCGACACGUCCCCCCCUGCCUGGCUCCCGGUGCCGCCGCCGCAAAGGGACGGGAGGGGGGCAGGCUGACGUAAACGACGGCGAUUGUGCUUCCCUUCGUCGCCAUCGUGAGGGAGAGCACCGGCGAUGGCUUCCGACGGCGAGCCCGCCCCGACGGCGCUGGAACUGGCCGCCAUUUCUGCCGUCAUCCGGGGUCGGCCCGAGGACGCCAAAGGCUGGCGUUGCGGGUGCCUUUUCGGGAGCGGAGCCUCAUCCUUUCGAGAGCAUCGAGGCUGCACGGCGAGUCGUGCGGCCGAAUCGUUCCGGUGCCAAACUCUAG